AUGUGUAAAGUAGAGGAUAGAAUUUUUGACUGUGCUACCGUAUGUCCAGUUGGAACGUACUCAUUCAACGGCAGCACAACAUGUUCAAAGUGCGAUGCCGGAUAUGUCUGUGUGGACGGCUCCACGUCUCCUACGCCACAAAGUGGAGAAUGUCCAGUCGGAGGUUGGUGUGACGGAACGCAGUUUCACCCAUGUGAAGCUGGCAAAUACAACAACGUGUCAGCCGCUAACGAAACACUAGGCCCACAGCGAACAGGACCAGAGGCGUGUCUCAAUUGUCCUGUUGGCUACUAUUGUACAGGACCAGGAACAAUUGAUCCACUUGAUUAUGUAUGUCCAGCAGGAUACUAUUGCCCUGUGGCUACGAAAUUCCCCACUCAGUUUCCUUGCCCAGAUGGCACGUUUAACAAAAACACGACGCAGAUCUCAUCAGAGAAAGGCUGUUUGCCUAAUCAGUGUCCGGAGCGAUUCUAUUGCCCUAGUGGCACUGUUGAUCCCAUCAUGUGUCCUCAAGGUUACUACUGCCCUCUUGGCACGGGGAAUGGGUUUGAGCAUGCGUGUCCAAUAGGAACUUACGGAGUCUACAUUUAUUAUGAGAAUGACACACAGGCGGUUGGUCUCGCUGCGGUGGAUGAAUGCACGACUUGUCCUACUGGCUUCUACUGUCCUGAUUCUACUGGAGACAACCCGUCUACUGCACCUGUUCCUUGCCCUCCGGGCGCUUAUAAUCCACACACAGGCGCAGGCCAUCCAUUCAACUGUCUGGCUUGCACUCCCGGAUUUUCUUGCCCGCAAGCGAAUCAGUCAGAUGUGACAACUCUGUGUGAUGAAGGUCAUUAUUGUCCCAACGGUACUGUCAGCUCGUCGCAGUAUCCAUGCCCUCCAGGAACGUACACUGGCAAUCGAAAUCUCACAAGUCCCGAAGAGUGCACUAUAUGUCCACCAGGCAAGUCUUGUGGAUGGGCUACUGGACUCACUGUUAAUAUCUGGCUUGACUGCAAACCAGGCCACUUUUGUCCAUCAGGAACUCCGUCUCCUGAUAAAUUUCCGUGUCUUCCAGGAACGUACACACCCGAAUCGAACUUGACAGCUGCCGAGGAGUGCACAUUGUGUCCAGCAACGAUGUACUGCCUAGGAGGGCAGCCGCAGCCUGAUGCAUUGUGCCCUCCUGGUUACUAUUGUCCUGAAAAAACACGACUUGUUGAUGAAUUUCCAUGCCCUGCUGGCACGUAUAAUCCUCACUUUGGUAAAUCACAGUUAGACGAUUGUUUGAACUGUACUCAGGGUCACUUUUGUGAAGAGGCAACAGUUCGUCCCAUCGCGUGUCCUCGAGGAUCUUACAUGCCGUAUGGAGACAGAAAUGGUAAGGAAACGGUUGGUGUUCCAGCAAAGAAUCAGUCGGACUGUUUGUCAUGCUUGGCUGGUCAUUUCUGUGUUAAUGGGUCUGUAACACCCGCUGAAUGUGGAACAGGCAAAUACACGCCACCCGGAGAAUCAGAAUGCAUUGAAUGUCCAUCUGGUCGAUACUGCAACUCAAACAGGACAACGUAUGAUGAACUGGAGACAAAUAAAUUAUGUACCGCUGGCAAGUACUGCCCACCUGGCUUGACAACAUUAGCUGAUGCUUUGCCUUGCAGCAAAGGCUAUUAUUGCCCUGAAGGUGUAGCGUUUGAACUACCGUGUCCUGUUGGGACUUUUAAUCCAGAUGAGGGAGGUAGUUCCUUAGAUGAUUGUUUGCCAUGCACGGGAGGCUUCUAUUGUUUGGAGAACUCAACGGAAGUGAGUGGACCAUGUGAUCCUGGGUUUUAUUGUCCUACUAACAUUACUAAUGGACAAUCCAGUAAAGUAAUUGGUUCAUACGGACCACAGCAGGUUCCCUGUCCACAAGGAAUGUAUCAAAGUAAUGAUUCUAGUGCAAUAGAAAGAGACUGUGUUGACUGUCCGGCUGGUUCCUAUUGCCCUCCUGGCUCUGCAACACCACUUGAGUGUACUCGUGGUUACUACUGUGGCCCUACAGUUGGAGAACCUGAGCCAUGCCCUAUUGGAACUUAUGGAAAUCGAACUGGUCUAAUGUGGGUUGAAGAUUGCACCAAUUGUACAAAGGGGAGAUAUUGUGAUGCUCCUGGUUUGCCAGGCCCAAGAGGUCCGUGUGAUCCUGGAUAUCUGUGCUAUGGUGGUGCGUACACGUCGACUCCAACAGAUGGUGUAACGGGUGAGAUUUGUCCUCGAGGUGGCUACUGUCCUUUAGGGUCAUUCCAGAGCAAGCCAUGCCCACCAGGAACGUUCAACAAUAACUCAGAAUCCGUCGAUUUCUUUGACUGUUUUUCUUGCACUCCUGGCUUUUACUGUGCUGAUGCUCGAGGACCGGAACCUACAGGACCUUGUGAUCCAGGAUUCUACUGCACUGGUGGUGCAGAGAUUGCGCGUCAACAUGUGGCUGAACCCGGCUUUUUUGCUCCCACUGGAUCUGCCAAUCAAGUCAGCUGUGAAUUAGGAACGUAUAAUCCUUUCUGGAAUGCAUCAAAAUGCUUGGAUUGUACAGCUGGUCAUUACUGUCCGAAUGUGAGCAUGACAGAGCCAUUAAAGUGUCCUCAAGGUCAUUACUGUCCAGAAGGUGCAGAAGAGCCAAAACGAUGUCCACCAGGGACGUACAGUGACAUUAUCUUGUUGACAUCAGCUGAGAACUGCACAAGCUGUCCUCCAGGGAAAUAUUGUCAAAGCGGUGGUUUGACUGCUCCUGAGGGUGACUGUUUUGGUGGCUUUGUCUGCCGAGGUGGAUCAAUAACUGCUACACCUCUAGUAACAGAUGAGACGCCAAUUGAGCUGCACAUUAACGAUAUUUGCAGACCUGGAUUUUAUUGUCCAAAUGGUACGGCUGUGGAGGUACCUUGUCCACCAGGAACAUUCUCACCAGCUCAUCAAAUAUUCAAUGAGACACAAUGUAAACCAUGUCUCCCGGGAUUGUACUGCCCGAAAUCAAACAUGAGUGUUGAGGCAGACUUACCAUCAUGUGAUGCUGGCUUUUAUUGCACAUCACGCUCAUCGGUUAGUCGGCCGCUUGAUGGAAUUGUUGGAGAUAUUUGUUCACCAGGUCACUACUGUCCUGAAGGGUCAGAGAAUGAACUCGUCUGUGCAGCUGGAUUUUACGCCAAUGACUCCGGGUUGGCUCUCUGCUUGGUAUGUCCUGCAGGAUUUUACUGUACAGCUGAUUUUGUUGAGCCACAGCCUUGUCCGAUUGGCUAUUUCUGUGGUGCAGGCACAGGUGCAAACUAUGAACCAUGUCCUAGUGGAACAUAUGGAGCUACAGAAGGUUUAGUUCGUGAGAGUGACUGCACGAUAUGUCCGGGUGGAAAAUACUGUGAGCUUCCUGCACAAAUGAAUGUAACCGGUGAGUGCGAUCCUGGGUUUUGGUGCCGAGAGGGUGCUCGAUCGGCUAGACCUCCUGACCAUGGUGAUGGCCAUUAUGGUGUAUGUCCUACUGGAUAUUACUGUCCGAGAGGUAGUGUUGCUCCAGAGCCUUGUUUACCUGGCUACUAUCAACCUGCAGUACAGAAGGCCAACAUCAGCGAUUGUGUUCCGUGUGAGAGUGGAAGCUACUGUGCUGAGGGUCAUCAGGAUAAACCAACUGGAAAUUGCAGUGCAGGUUGGUUUUGCAGUGAAGGUUCACAUGAGCCUAAACCGGGAAAUGUUGUGUACAAGUACAAUGACAAUUCAACUGAGGAGCAUGUUCUAGUGAAUGUAACGUAUGGAGGUCGAUGUCCUGCUGGAUUCUACUGUCCCGAAGGUGCAUCGCUGCCUUUACAGUGUCUGCCGGGUUCAUUCAGUAAUCGUUCAGGCAGUGAUGAAUGCAUUGAAUGUGUGGCUGGAUACUACUGCCCUGGACAGACGGUGAAUCCGUUUGACUAUCCUUGUCCGAGUGGUUAUUAUUGUGAAUUGGGCACUAAAACUUCAACUCAAUUUCCUUGUCUUGCUGGACAAUUCAACAAUCUCACAGCACGAUCAUCUAGUUUGGAUUGUAUCAGUUGCACUGCAGGGUUUUACUGUCAAACAAAGGGAUUAAGUUUUCCGACUGCUGAAUGUCCUGGAGGUGUGUAUUGCCCUGCUGGUCAGUUAAGUCCAUCACCAGUUGGACGAACGUGUCCCAUAGGUUACUACUGUCCACCGAUGAGCUCUGAUCGAAUUAAUUGUCCUCCUGGGAUGUUCUGUUCAGAUUUUGGUCUUUCUGAGCCAAGUGGCGACUGCUCUGCUGGAUUCUAUUGUACAGGAAAGUCAUCAUCAGCAACACCAGCAGAUGGCAUCUGCCCUGAAGGUAGUUAUUGUCCAGCAGGCAGUUCGAACUUUACAGCUUGUCCUCCUGGUACGUUUACAAAUGAGACGCUUAACAAGAAUGUAUCGGACUGCAAGCCUUGCCGCCAAGGGUUCUACUGUUCCGGAUAUGGUAACAUUGGUUUAGAUGGUCCAUGUGCAGAAGGAUAUUACUGUCCACCAGGACAAAGCGAGAGAGUUCCAAGUAACUUCGCAUGUCCAGUUGGUCACUUUUGUGAGGAACAGUCGUCAGAGCCAAUGCGAUGUCCAUCUGGUUAUUACCAAAAUCAAACUGGCCAAGGCGGCUGUCGUAAAUGCCCAUCUGGUUACUAUUGUGACAAUUCACUUGGACCAAUUGAGUAUUAUGGUGAGUUUAGGUGUCCACCAGGCUACUACUGUAAGGAGGGCACAAGGUUUAACACACAGCAUCCAUGCCCUGAAGGAACGUUUAGCAAUCUAACAGGAUUACAGGAUGUUAGCCAAUGUGGUGACUGUUCGGGUGGCUAUUACUGCGGAAGUCGUGGUUUGGAUGCUCCAGAAGGCAAAUGUGGUGCUGGUUUCUUCUGUCCAUCUGGGAAGAAGGUAAUAGAACCACCUGAAAGUCCUUGUGGUCCUGGAAACUACUGCCCAGAAGGAUCUGCAGCUGAGAUUCCUUGUCCGAAGGGAACGUACAAUCCUGGCUAUCAGCUGACAGCUGUUUCUGACUGCAUUGACUGCCAUCCUGGAAAAUACUGUGCAUCUAACGGACUAUCAAACUAUACAGGUCCCUGUGCAGAAGGCUACUAUUGUCAGAAUGGAUCGAAGGCUUUUCAGGCAGAAUGGGAAGUUUGUCCUCCUGGAUCGUUUUGUCCAUUAGGAUCUCCUGAUCCAGUACCAUGUCCAAAUGGCACGUUUUCAAACACAUCAGGUCUUCAGGCUGAGAGUGACUGCACAGCGUGCUUAGCUGGUUCGUUUUGUAUUGGAACAGGACUCACUGCACCAAGUGGUAAAUGCAUGAUGGGGUACUAUUGUCCAGUACGAACAAAUGUCUCACAACCAAUUCAAAAUCCAUGCCCAGCUGGACACUUCUGUCCUGAAGGAACUCCUGAACCAAUUCCUUGUCGGCAUGGGGAAUAUCAACCGAACACUAGACAGCCAUCAUGCAUUCCUUGCCCUCCUGGAUUCUAUUGCACUAAUGCGAUUUCUCAACCAUUGGAAUGUCCAACAGGUCACUACUGUCCUGAAGGAACUGGUAAUGUUUACCUUCCCUGUCUUAAGGGAACAUACAAUAGCGAAACAGGAGGAUCAAACCUCACAGCUUGUAAGCCAUGUUUGGGUGGCCAUUUUUGCGAGGGAGAGGGGCUUUCACAACCUAGUGGACUCUGUGAUCCAGGCUACUUCUGUAGAUAUGGCUCAGAUCGUGCUAGACCUACAGAAUCAGAAGUAAGUGGUUCAGGUUAUAACAUCAGUGAUAGUAGUGAAUCAUGUGUUGUUAUUGAUGGACGACCAUUUGGAGAUUCUGGACUUUGCCCUGUUGGACACUACUGCCCUACGGGCACAACAGAACCAAUGCCUUGUCCAGCUGGAAACUACUCAGAUACAAUUGGUAGCUACAUUUGCAAACAAUGUCCAGCGGGAUUCUAUUGCACCGAAGGCUCUAGUACAUAUGAAGAUAAACCAUGCCCAAUGGGUUACUACUGCCCACUUGGAACAGAAUAUGAUAAGCAGCAUCCCUGCUCAGUUGGCUUCUUUAAUGAUCAAAUGUUUGGGCAAAGCAUACUCAGCUGCAAACCGUGUACUGGUGGCCACUAUUGUGGCAGUGAAGGACUGAACAACGCUUCUGGCCUGUGCGACGAAGGCUACUACUGCAAGAGUAAAGCGACCAUCUCAAAUCCGAUGAACUUGGAAACCCAAGGAGGUAAAAUAUGUGUGCCCGGAACGUACUGCCCUGGAGGCUCAGAUGCGCCAACUCCAUGUGAUCCUGGGUAUUAUUGUUUGACUGACGGCUUAGAGGCUCCUACAAAUUCUUGUCGAUCUGGAUAUUACUGCACAUUAAGUGCACAAGUUUCCGACCCAACGGACAACACGACUGGAAAUGUUUGUCCUAAAGGUCAUUAUUGUCCGGAAGGUAGUUUCAGCCCAGUAGCUUGCCCACUGGGGACGUACUACAAUUAUGUUGGUAACACUCAGAAAGAAGACUGUGUUAGUUGUACAGCUGGGCAGUUUUGUGAUCGUCCUGGUCUCUCAAUACCCACUGGUUUCUGUGAUAAAGGAUUUUACUGUCCUGAAGGAUCAAUCAAUGCUCAUAACGUAUCAUGUCCUUUAGGCUAUUUCUGUGAAGCUGGCAGUGGCUUCCCAGUACAGUGUGAAUCAGGCACUUACCAAGAUGUGUCUGAGCAGAGCAGUUGUAAAGUUUGUCCUCAAGGUCACUAUUGUUACCAUGUUCGUGUUGAAGGUAUUCUUCCGUAUGAACCUCCAAAACAUUGUCCUGCUGGUUACUACUGUCCAAAUGGAACUAGAUUUGAUACUGAAUUUCCUUGUUUGAAUGGAACAUUCAGCAAUGAGACUAAACGCUAUGAUGUCGGCCACUGUUUGCAAUGUUUACCAGGAUGGCACUGUAAUGGACUUGGUCUUACAAAAGCUGUUGAGUUCUGUGAAGCAGGUUAUUUCUGCAAGUUUGGUGCUGCAUCGUCUACACCUCGUCAAGGUUCUAGUGCUGAUAUUUGCCCAACAGGACACUACUGCAUGAGAGGAACAGUAGAGCCUGAUAAGUGUCCUCCAGGUACUUUCAAUCCAAUUGAAGGACUAAAGGAAGAGAGUCAAUGCUUGAAUUGCACAGGUGGUCAUUACUGUGAUCUUGAAGGAGCAAAUGAUGUAUCUGGAGAGUGUGAAGCAGGCUUCUACUGUGACUCUGGGGCUUUUUAUCCUCGAUGGAAAGACUGUCCGUCUGGGCAUUAUUGCCCACAGGGUUCUGCAAAUCCAACUGCUUGUCCAAUUGGCACUUACUCACCAGACAAAAGACAAACUACAGAAUCAGACUGCAGGCCUUGUCUGUCUGGAUACUUUUGUGACAAACAGGGUCAAUCGAAUGUGAGUGGCAUAUGUGCGCCUGGAUUUUAUUGCCCCAAAAGAUCAACUACAAGCCGACCAUCUGGCAGAGAAUGCAGCAUUGGUAUGCAAUGUCCAGAAGGUAGCUCUGUGGAGCAACCAUGUCCUGCUGGAACGUUUACAAACAGAAGCCAGCAGUUUGAGUGUGAAAUUUGUCCUCGUGGGUAUUACUGCUUGCCUGUUCGACCCCAUAAUGCAUCGAAGGCGUACCAGCUUUGUCCACGGGGAUACUACUGUGAAGAUGGAACGGGACUGGACUGGAAACCUUGUCCUGCGGGAACAUACAGUGACAUAGUGGGCUUGUCGUAUAUAUGGGAAUGCACAGAUUGUGAUGGUGGGAAAGUAUGUGAACGAGUGGGCUUAACAAGUCCAACAUCCAACUGUAGUCCUGGUUUCUAUUGUACGUCAGGGGUCGACCGACCGAAUCCCUCACCAUAUCUGAAUUCAUCAGUUGUGUAUGAAAAUGUGACAGCAGACAUGUGCCCUCGAUUUGGUGAGCACACAGGUAUUGGAGGCGAGUGUCCAUCAGGUCAUUACUGUCCGGAAGGAAGUUCACAUCCUCUGGGAUGUCUUGCUGGCACAUACAACGGUCUCAUUCGCCAGUCAAUUUGCUUCGAUUGUCCAGAAGGCUACUACUGUCCUGCCAAGGCAACAGAUUAUAUAGACAAGCCAUGCCCUGUGGGACAUUAUUGCUUGAGUGCAACAGAAUAUCCGACACAACAUCCUUGUCCAAUGGGUUCAUUUAAUCCGUCCACAGCACAAGGAAAUGACACUGCCUGCCUUCCUUGUUCUCCUGGACAAUUUUGUGCUCAAGAAGGAUUGAGUAAACCAUCAGGUAGCUGCAGUGCUGGAUGGUAUUGUGAAACUGGUGCAAUUGUUCCAAACACAACUACAAAUGGUGGGCGUUGCCCAAUUGGCUACUAUUGCCCAGAAGGAUCUGCAGCUCCAACUUCCUGUCCGGGUGGUCAGUACUGUCAAUUCUCUGGUUUGGAUGCACCAACAGGUGACUGUAAUGCGGGAUAUGUUUGCCACUCUAAUGCAAUCUCAGCAACUCCAGUUGAUGGAGUAACAGGUGAGCCUUGUCCACCAGGAUUCUAUUGUUCCAAUGGAUCUGCUCAUGCUGUUCCUUGCCCUCUUGGGAGAUACUCACCUGCACUUUAUAAUCAAAAAGAGACCGAUUGUCAUCUAUGUGAUCCUGGCAAGUACUGUGAUGAUUAUAACCUUACGAGUCCAUCAGGCAAUUGCUCCGCUGGUUACUUUUGUCCUGAAGGUAGUGAUACUGCAAGACCAUCACAACAUGUGUGUCCAAUCGGUCAUUUCUGUGUCUCUGGGUCAUUUCAACCACAACGAUGUGCAUCAGGGUUUUAUCAAGAUAAAGAGUCCAGAUCUUCUUGUGAAGUGUGCGCAGCUGGCUACUACUGUGACAAUAGAGUUGGAAUUGUGUUACUGAAUGACUCGAUUUGUCCGCCUGGAUAUUAUUGUCCCCAAGGGACAAAGAAUUUCUUAGACAGUCCAUGCCCUCAAGGAACAUACAGUAAGGGAUCAGGUCUGUACUCUGUGGAUCAAUGUGUGCGGUGUGAUGCUGGAUAUCUGUGUCCAUCAGAGGGGUUGACAGCCCCAUCGCAGCUGUGCACUAUUGGCUAUUUCUGUCGUCGAAAUGCAAAGAGUAGUUCUCCAAUACAAGAGGAUGAUGCUAACGUUUGUCCUGAAGGGAGAUAUUGUCCUGAGGGAACUGCUGAGCCACUUCUCUGUCCAAUUGGUACUUUCAACUCAAUGACGGGACUUGGUUAUGAAAAUCAAUGUACUCAGUGCACUGCUGGUUCACAUUGCAGUGUGCCAGGUUUGUCAUCUGUUAGUGGAAAAUGCAAAGCAGGAUUUUACUGCCCAACAGGAUCGUCCAAUAUGACUGCUGUGACUUGUCCAGCUGGACACUAUUGUCUUGCUGGUUUGUCUAAGCCAUUGGCAUGUCCUCGAGGAACGUACAAUCCUAUUGAAGGUAGAACAUCAUUGAGCAAUUGUGUUUCGUGCCAAUCUGGCAUGUACUGUGACCGAACAAACUUGACAGCUCCGGCAGGGAAAUGUAGUCCUGGCUAUUACUGUCCUUCUGGCCAGAGCUCUCCGACACCAAUUUUGUACAACUGCACUGUGGGUCAUUACUGUCCAUCGGGAACUGCCUAUCCAUUGCCAUGCAGUAAUGGAACGUACACGGAUCAUGAACUGGCUUCAGAGUGCUAUGUUUGUCCACCUGGUUGGUACUGUGUAGAUGGUUUGAAGACAGAGUUAUGUCCACCAGGAUACUAUUGUCCACAAGGCACGGGAUUUGACUGGAUGCCAUGUGUACCUGGCACAUACCGCAGUCAAAGUGGAGGAGCAUCUGUUGAUGAUUGCAGAACAUGUGAUGGUGGAUUCUACUGCCAUGACUACAACCAGAUUGCUCCAACAGAGUUGUGUCAUCCUGGCUUUUACUGUGAAUUUGGUGUUGACAGACCAGAUCCUUCAGGUGACAUCUCGAGUGGAAACAACAACGAUUGUCCUGCUAUUGGUGAACAGACAGGAAUUGGUGGACCAUGCACUAUUGGCCAUUAUUGCCCGAUGGGAUCAACUCUUCCUCAGCCAUGUCUGAAUGGAACUUAUUCCAAUGUCACAGGUUUGGCUGAAUGUUUCCAAUGUCCGAGUGGGUUUUAUUGUCCAGAAGGAACGGUGCAUUACGAAGAUUAUCCAUGUCAUGCAGGUUAUUAUUGCCUUGUUGGCACAACAAGAUGGAAUGAAUAUCCCUGUCCUGAAGGCCAUUUCAACAACAGAUCACGACGUCAGACUGUGUCUGACUGCUUACCUUGUUCAGCUGGGCAGUACUGUGAAGCUCAAGGGUUGUCAAGUCCUACUGGACCUUGUGCAAGUGGAUGGUACUGCAGUGGAAUGUCGUCUACUCCAACUCCUGUGAAUUCGUCUGGGACUGGCGGACCUUGCUUGGAAGGUUUCUUUUGCCCUCAGGGUUCAUCGCAUCCACUUCCUUGCUCACCAGGGUCAUUCUGCCUUACUGAGAAGUUGUCACAACCAACAGGGUUAUGCAUUGAUGGUUACUACUGCACCAGUGGUUCAGUUGUACGCAACCCAGUUGAUGGUUUAACAGGAGAUGUUUGCCCUGUUGGUCACUAUUGUCCAAAUGGUACUGACGUUCCAUACAAAUGCUCUAAUGGGAGUUACGCUAAUUCCACUGGGAACAGCAGAAUGUUACACUGUAAGGACUGUCCUUCGGGUUAUUAUUGCAAUGGCCAAGGGUUAGAAAAUCCAUCAGGAAAAUGUCAUCCUGGUUAUUACUGUCCUGGUGGUCAGAGUCACCAUAGUCCAGCUGAGUACACAUGCCCUCUUGGCCACUACUGUCCAGUUGGGUCAAGGAAUCCCAUUAGAUGUGACUCUGGCUACUACCAAGACGAACGUGGUCAACCAGAAUGCAAGGUAUGUCCUGCUGGUUUCUUCUGUGACAAACGGACUGAACCAGUUGUUGUCUACAAGUCAUCAGACUGUCCUGUUGGUCAUUUCUGUCCGCCAGGAACCAAGUUUUCUGUGGAGUAUCCUUGUCCUGUAGGAACGUUUAGCAAUCGAACAAACCUCAAGGCUUCUAAUGAAUGUGUGCCGUGUUUAGCAGGCCACUACUGUAAUGCUCCAGGUAUUACCGAGCCAACAGACUUUUGUGACCCAGGAUAUUACUGCAUAUCGGGAGCAAAAUCUGUUCGUCCGAAUCAAGGUGUUGAUCAGGCAGACGUAUGUCCAGUUGGAAAGUAUUGUCCUCUGGGAACCUCAACACCAAAGCUUUGUCCACUUGGGACAUACGGCAACGAAACUGGUUUGUUCUCAUCUGAUGACUGCUACAACUGUGAUCCUGGAUAUUUCUGUGACAAACUUGGGCUUACCAGCCCUGUUGGUUUAUGUUCUCCAGGUUAUUUCUGCAAAAUUGGAUCAGAAUUGGCACAGCAAGAGCCAUGUUCUGCUGGUCAUUACUGUGAAGAAGGAACAUCAGACCCUGCUGGUUGCAGCAUUGGUACCUAUUCAUCAACUAUGGGACUAACGAACUCGUCCCAAUGCACUUCGUGUACACCUGGAUACUACUGUGGUAGCACUGGUUUAACAGCACCAAGUGGCCCAUGUGAGCCUGGCUAUUAUUGUCCUGAAAGAUCUGAGCAUUCUAGACAGAAAAUAUGUCCGGUAGGACAUUAUUGUACUUUGAACACUUCAAGUCCUCUGCCAUGUGACUUUGGAACGUUUAUGAACCACACGGGUGCGUCAGAAUGCGAUAUUUGUCCAGCUGGUUGGUAUUGUUUUGGCGGAUUGGCAACUCUGCCUUGCCCUGUUGGAUACUACUGUCUACAAGGAACUGGUUUCAAUUGGAAACCAUGUCCCAGAGGCACAUACAGUAAUGAAGAAGGAUUGUCUACAUCAGAUGAAUGCCGGCAGUGCGACGGUGGAAGUUAUUGUGCUUGGUUGAAUGCUACAGAACCGACAGGUUACUGCAAUCCUGGAUACUAUUGUGAGUAUGGAGUUGACAGACCAGACCCUAAUGGAGACAACUACAACAUUACUGACAGCAGUUUUGCAAAUGCAACUUGUUCUCAACUUGGCAGUCAAACAGGUCUUGGUAGUCUAUGUCCUCUUGGUCACUUCUGUCCAGGCAACACAACCCAUCCUAUACCAUGCCCUAAUGGCUCAUAUGCUGAUGAGACAGGCAUGAAUAUAUGCAAAGUUUGCCCACCAGGAUACUACUGUCCAGCACAAUCAUCACGAUUUCGUGAUAAACCUUGUCCUGUUGGUCAUUACUGUUUGAGCGCGACGAGUUACGCACACGAGUUUCCAUGUCCUGCAGGACAGUUUAACAACAAAGCAAGACGUCGAAAUGUGGAAGAUUGUGUCAAUUGUACUGCUGGGAUGUUUUGUCAAGACGAGGGUCUCAGUGAACCCACAGGCUUGUGUGCAGCAGGGUGGUUUUGCUUUGGUGGCUCUUCUACAGCAGCUCCUAAUGGGAAAGAUGAAGGAGGUAGCCCAUGUGAAGCAGGCCAGUACUGCCCUGCAGGAUCUGCUGAUGCUCUUCCGUGCCCAGGCGGCUAUUACUGCGACUCUUCUCAGCUCUCAGAACCAACUGGUGGAUGCACAGCAGGCUACUACUGUACACUUGGGGCAAAGAGCAGCACUCCGACGGAUGGAUUUAGUGGUAAUAUUUGCCCUCCUGGUAACUACUGCCCUGUUAAUUCUACUGCUCCAACAAAAUGUCCUAUAGGAACAUUUAGCAAUGCAUCUGGAAACUCAGAUGUAUCUGACUGUCAAGACUGUAGCUUGGGUUACUUCUGUGAAAAUAAUGGUCUAACCAAGCCAAGUGGUAAAUGCUCUGCAGGCUAUUUUUGCCCCAGGGGCCAAGAAACGUCAAGACCUGAGAUGUUUGUGUGUCCUAAAGGGCAUCAUUGCCCUGUAGGUAGCUCGGAAGCAGUGAGGUGUGCACCAGGACAAUAUCAAGACAAGGAUGGUCAAGAAACAUGUGAUUUAUGCCCUGCUGGGUACUUUUGUAAUAACACAGAAAGAGGAAUAAUAUACUACCAGGCUAACCUGUGUACAGCUGGCUACUACUGUCCAGUUGGAACAGAGUAUAACACUCAAUAUGGAUGCCCGAUAGGAACUUUCAGUGAUCGUGAAGGUCUGAAUUCCUCAGAGCAAUGCGCACAUUGCAGUUCGGGAAUGUUCUGUGAUCGUGAAGGUCUAACACAGCCCUCAGGCUUCUGUCAUGCUGGCUUUUUCUGCAAGAUUGGUGCUAAACGACCUGAUCCAAGACAAGGUGAUAAUGCCGAUAUUUGUCCAGUCGGUCAUUUUUGUAUAAAUGGAACUACUACACCUGAAGUGUGCCCUCCUGGAACUUUCAGCAACAGAACAGGGCUGCAGGAAGUUGGAGAUUGUAUGGAUUGUACACCAGGCACAUAUUGUGAGACACCAGGACUAAUCAAACCAACUGGUUUUUGUUCUUCUGGUUAUUAUUGUCUUGCUCGAUCGACUUCAAAUAACUCUAUUCCUUGCCCUGCUGGGUCAUUUUGUGUUGAAGGAACAUAUGACCCAGAAGGGUGCCCAUCUGGCCACUACUCUUCUUCUCCUGGAUUAUCAGAAAGCAGUCAAUGUACGAAGUGUAAACCAGGAUACUAUUGUAACUCAACCGGCCUAACUGCACCAUCCGGUUUGUGUUCACCUGGUUUCUACUGUCAUGAAGGUCAGAGCAUUCCAACUCCUAGUAACUAUGAGUGUCCAAUUGGUCACUACUGUCCGGAAGGCACAGCGGAACCUCUACCAUGCAGCGAUGGAACGUUUAUGAACCACACACUUGCACUAGAGUGCUACACUUGCAUUGAGCGUUGGUACUGUGUAAAGGGGUUCUUAACAGAGAUGUGCCCGCCUGGUUACUACUGUCCUGAAGGCACUGGAUAUGACUGGAAGCCAUGCCCUAGAGGGACAUACAGCAAUGAUGUCGGCUUGUUAAAUGAGCAAGAGUGCAAGCCUUGUGAUGGUGGAAAGUAUUGUAAUGAACUUGCAGCCAUUACCUAUACUGGAGAAUGCAGUGCUGGUUUCUAUUGCUUGUUUGGCAUGGACCGGGCAAGACCAACGAAUCAGUCAGUUGAAAAUGGAACAGAUGCGACAUGCAGCUAUGGUCAGUCAGGUGAAGGAGGUGUUUGCCCUAUUGGUCAUUACUGUCCUCGUGGUUCGACCACGCCACUUCCUUGUCAACCAGGUACAUACUCACCAAUCCAGCAGUUGAGCAAGUGUCUUACCUGUCCAGCUGGAUACUAUUGCCUUGCCGGGUCAACGACUUUCAAAUUUCAAAGCUGUCCAGAAGGACACUUCUGUCCUGUAGGAACAAAAACUGCAGCUGCUAAUCCGUGUCCAAAAGGAACGUAUUAUAACUCGACAAAGGCAAGGAAUGAGAGUGAUUGCAUACCUUGUCCUGGAGGAGAAUUUUGUGAUAGAUCUGGUCUUAAACAGCCAAAUGGAUUGUGCAGUGGAGGAUGGUACUGCGCAGGUGGCAGUUGGAGUCCUAUGCCUAAUACAACAAGUGAGGGUGGUGGCUACUGUAUUGCUGGUGAGUUUUGCCCUGAAGGAUCUGAUCAGCCACAGCCUUGUAGCAGAGGGUAUUAUUGCAAUCAAGAUUACCUUUCUAGUACAACAGAUGUAUGCAAUGCUGGAUACUACUGUACUCUGGGUGCUAAAAGUCCAACUCCUACUGACAGUGUUACAGGGAGCGAAUGUAGUACUGGUCAUUAUUGUCCGUCUGGAAGUAGUACUCAGACGCCAUGUCCUCCAGGAACUUUCUCCAAUAGUUCUCAGAAUACAGACGUGACUGACUGUGUUAACUGCACGUCCGGAUGGUACUGCAGUGAUUAUGGAUUAACAGCACCGUCAGGUCAGUGCCGUGCUGGCUACUAUUGUCCUAAUGGACAAAGGAGAUCUGAUCCUCCAGAGUACACUUGUCCUGUUGGUCAGUUUUGUCUGAAAGGCAGUAGUAUAUUUCAAAGAUGUCGCCCGGGAACUUUUCAAAACUCUACUGGACAGUCAUCGUGUCUCACGUGUCCUGCUGGCUAUUUUUGUGACACAACUCUGUCCACUGAAAUCAAUUUUGCAGAAUCAAAAUGCCCUCCAGGUUAUGUUUGUCCUCCUGGCACGCAACGUGAACAUGAGCAUCCGUGUCUGAGUGGAACAUUUGCUAAUGAAUCAGGUCUUGUUGAGUGUUUCCCAUGUGAUGGAGGACAUUACUGUGAGCAAAUUGGUUUAUCUCAGCCAGAGGGACUGUGCUCAGCAGGAUUUUUUUGUAAGCGAAAUGCAAACAGGUCUGAUCCCAAUCAAGGUUCUGAUGCAAACAGAUGUCCAGCUGGCCACUAUUGCCUUAUGGGAAGUGUUUUGCCAACCAAAUGUCCUCGUGGAACGUACAACCCUUACACCAACAAAGAGAACGUUUUUGACUGUUUGGAAUGCCCACCUGGGUAUUACUGUGGCCAGACAGGCUUGACGGAAUUUACUACACCAUGUCAAGAAGGCUACUAUUGCAAUGGGUCUGCUUAUCGGGCGACAUGGAAAAUAUGCCCCGAAGGCCACUUUUGUCCUACACAGAGUGGAAUUCCUUUGCCUUGUCCUCCUGGAACGUUCAGUUUCAAGAAAGGACUUACAAAUGACAGUGAAUGUGAUCAGUGUACGCGCGGAUUUUAUUGCGCUGGAGGAGAAGCACAGGAAACUGGUCGUUGCUCUCCUGGCUAUUACUGCCCAAAUGGAUCAUUAACGAGCCGACCGAUUGCUUCUGUUUGUCCUCGUGGUCUGCAUUGUCCGGAAGGCAGCGCUGAACCGAAACCAUGUUCUCCAGGAACGUUUACAAACAGUAGUGGGCAAGAAGUAUGUACAACUUGCCCUGAUGGAUUUUAUUGCGAUCCAGUUGAAGUUAACUAUAUUGGUGAUCCAUAUGAAAUUUGUCCGCCAGGAUAUUACUGUCCAGCGGGUACUGGAGCAAACUGGAUUCCUUGUCCAGUUGGCACUUACAGUGAUCAACUGGGCCUUUUUGAAGAGAAACAGUGUACUCCGUGUGACUCUGGAAUGUUCUGUGAUCGGGAAGGGCAAACUAUUGUUUCUGGUGUUUGUGAUCCUGGAUAUUACUGCUGGCGAGCAGCAACUAGCAGGUCACCAACAUCACAGAACUUUACAGACGCCGAAUUAUUCUCUGGUGGCAAUGAAACGUCUGUUUGUCGUUACCAUGAAGAAGUUGCCGGACCAUGUUUUGUUGGCCACUACUGUCCUCGUGGCACCAAUUAUCCAUUACCGUGUGCAGCUGGGUCAUUUGCUAACACUACACAUAUGGAAUCGUGUCAUCCAUGUCCUGGUGGUUAUUUCUGCCUUGAAGGUGCUUCAAGUUUUGAUAGCAGCAUGUGUCCAUCUGGUCAUUACUGCCCUACUGGAACAAAGUUUUCUACGGAAUUUAUGUGUCCUUCUGGCACGUUCAACAGUUUGUGGGGCAGUGUGAAUAUUACAGCAUGUAUUGACUGCACUCCAGGUAUGUAUUGCCAGGGUGAGGGGUUGUCUCAUCCUACCAGUACAUGUGCAGCAGGAUGGUAUUGCAGACUGGGUGCUUCAGAGCCUCAAACAACUACUCACGGUGGUCAAUGUCAGAAAGGAGAAUUUUGUCCUGAAGGAUCUUACCAGCCCACUCCAUGCACACCAGGAUUCUACUGUGACAGGUCAUCUCUCAGUAAUGAAACUGGACCAUGCGAUGCUGGUUACUUUUGCAGUGGCAGUGCUUUCCAUCCAAGACCAAGUAAUUCAACUGGAGGUGAAUGUACAGUUGGCCAUUUUUGUGAAGUUGGAUCUUCUUUGCCUCAACCAUGCCCCGAAGGGUUCUAUUUGAACAGUAGUGGUCAUCAGUCAGAGUCUGACUGCUUGGAGUGCAGGAGUGGCUUUUACUGUGACAAACCUGGACUUGCUGAGCCAACAGGACCAUGUGCACCAGGAUUUUACUGCCCCCCAAAGCAAGUCACUCGAACUGCCGUUGCUUGCACAUUGGGACAUUUUUGUCCGGAAGGAAGUGCCGCGCCUAGAAGAUGCCCUUCAGGAUCAUACCAAAACGAAGCUGGUCAAGCUGCCUGCAAAGAAUGUCCAUCCGGUUAUUACUGUGAUACUACACAAUCGCCUGUCAUCUACUACAACGACACAGAAUGUCCCAAAGGCUACUACUGCCCUAAUGGGACUCAGUAUGCGAAUCAGUAUGCAUGUCCCAAUGGAACGUACAAUCCCACUACAGGGCGUUGGAAGGAAGAGCAGUGCACACCAUGUGACCCAAAACAUUACUGCCCACAACAUGGAGCCAACACUUCGUUUCAAUUGUGCAGUGAGGGCUACUUUUGUAAGAAAGGAGCCAGGAGUUCAACACCACGACAAGGAGAUGAGGCAGACAUAUGCCCAGCUGGAAGUUAUUGCCCAAUUGGUACUGCUGAGCCAGUACCCUGUCCAAAAGGGACGUUCAGUAAUCAGGUAGGAUUGUUUCAUGAGCGUGACUGUGACAGCUGCACGGCGGGUGACUAUUGUGGUGCAGUGAGGUUAACAAACACGAGUGGUCCUUGUAAUGAAGGAUUCUACUGCCCUGAAGGUUCAUUUCUGGCCACGCAGGAAGUUUGUUUUGAAGGACAUUUCUGCUCUCAAGGUACAGUCUCUCCAAAUCCAUGCCCGGUUGGCACUUUUUCAAAUUUGACUCAUUUGGGAUCUGCGAACGAAUGUAGACUCUGUACUCCUGGAAUGUAUUGUCAAACAGAAGGGUUGGUCAAACCAACAGGAUUGUGUUCUCGUGGUUUCUACUGUCCAGAGGGUGUUAAUAACAGCCAGCCAUCAGAAUAUGAGUGCCCCGCAGGUCUGCACUGCCCUGAAGGUAGCGCAGUUCCUGCACAGUGUUCAGCUGGAACCUACGCAGACGCAGUAGGUGCUUCGAUGUGCAAGACUUGCAGUGCUGGCUAUUAUUGCCUGCCUGUGACAACUAACAACCAUAUCCUUAACCAUGUUCCUUGCCAAGCGGGAUACUACUGUCCAGCUGGAACUGGAUUAGAUUGGCAUCAAUGCCCUGCUGGAACAUACAGCAAUCGAACUAAACUGUCACGAUCAGAAGAUUGUACUCCAUGUGAUGCUGGCUGGUAUUGUGAGUCACCAGCAAAGACACAGCCAACUGCGUUGUGUUGGGCUGGCCAUUACUGCCAGUCAGGGGUGUCAGUGCCAAAUCCUCAAGCAGAAGAAUCACGAAAUCUCUCCUGCGCCACAUAUCCAAGCAUUGGAGGUGUUUGCCCUCCAGGAACAUUCUGCAAGAACGGAAGCACGUUUCCAACAGACUGUGCAGCUGGUACUUACAAUGACGAAUAUGGUCAGGACAGAUGCAAGCAGUGUCCAGCAGGUUACUACUGCAAUUCUAGGACUGUGACAUACUUGCCAAAUAUUUGUCCUGUGGGACAUUACUGUCUUGCGGGAACUAAAGACGCCUAUCAGUUUAGAUGUUUCAAUGGUACGUUUAAUCCAGUUGUAAGAGCUGAAGGGCCUAGGGCUUGUUUGUCAUGCACACCUGGGAAGUAUUGUGAAACUCGUGGACUUUCUGAGCCGACUGGGUACUGCAGUGCAGGCUGGUAUUGCAGUGGAGGGUCUGACAGUGCAAUGACAGUGACUCACGGAGGAAAGUGUCAACCUGGUUAUUACUGCCCGGCAAAUUCAAGUGCUCCAAUACCAUGUGAUCCUGGUUACUAUUGUCAUCGUGCAGGCUUGUCUGACCCUACUGGAAGAUGUGCAAGUGGAUACUAUUGUUUGUCUGGAGCAAGUACAGCUACUCCAUCAGACGAGAGUGGUAGUGUAUGCCCUCGUGGUCACUACUGUAAUGAAGGCAGCAGUAAACCACAGGCAUGUCCACACGGUUAUUAUCUUAAUGCAACAGGUGGCAAUUCAAGUGCUGAUUGUAUACUUUGCACACCUGGGUAUUAUUGUGAUGCACCAGGUCUCGCUGAACCUACUGGAAAAUGCAGCCCAGGAUACUUUUGUUCUAGUGGUCAAGAAUCGUCAACACCAAGUCAGCAUGUUUGCUCUCGUGGAUACUACUGUCCAACUGGCAGUUCUUACGAACAGCCGUGUCCUGCUGGUUAUUAUCAAAACGAAGAUCGUCAGUCUGAAUGCAGACUGUGUCCGAGUGGAUUUUAUUGCAGUGAUGCUAUUGAACCGGUUGUUUAUCCGCAGAACUUCACUUGUCCGCGAGGACACUACUGUCCACAUGGAACGAGAUAUUCGAAUGAAUUCCCGUGCCCUACGGGCUACUUUAAUGACUUACAAGGUCGGAAACAAGUAAAUGACUGCACACCUUGUACUGGUGGAGACGUAUGUGAUCAUCAAGGGCUGAUACGCCCAUCUGGAUCGUGCGCUGCGGGAUAUUACUGCAGAGCGCGCGCUAAUCAAACAACACCAGAACUUGGUGAUGAUGCCAAUGUAUGUCCAGCGGGAUUCUAUUGUCCCGAAGGAACCGAUUCUCCCGAACCUUGCGCUCAGGGUACGUUUAGCCCAACUGCUGGACUUCACAACAAGUCACAAUGUUUGCAGUGUCGAGCUGGUAGUUACUGUGAAGAUGUCAGUCUAACGGAUGUUUCUGGAAACUGUCGCGAAGGAUACUACUGUCCUCGCGGAUCAUCCAGGCCCGAUGCUGUUAUAUGUUCUAAGGGAAGCUACUGUCUUGAAGGGAGUGCUUUCCCAAUACCAUGUCCUGUCAGCACGUUUUCUAAUAAAAGCGGUUUACGCAGCAUGUAUGAAUGUACUUCUUGCACUGCUGGCAUGUAUUGCGCUCAGUCUGGUCUAACCAAACCAACAGGUGAGUGCGAUGAGGGCUACUACUGCCCUGAAGGAAUGAAUGUCUCGUCACCUUCUGAGUUUCUCUGCCCGUUUGGAAUGCAUUGUCCUCUUGGAAGCUCAGAGCCAAGGCAAUGUCCUGCAGGAACGGUCUCAUUGAACGCUGGCCGUUCCACCUGUGUGUCAUGCCCGACUAGAUUCUACUGUUUGCCCGUUGUGAGAGAAAACGCCAUACUGAAUCAGACGCCAUGUCCUGCUGGCUUUUACUGUCCUAUUGGAACGGGAUAUGACUGGCAACCAUGUCCUCUUGGGACAUAUAGCAACGAGACAGGCUUAGGUGUAGAGGAUGAGUGUAGACCAUGCACUCCUGGAUAUUACUGCGCUACUCCAGGACUAACUAGCCCAACAGGUCCGUGUUUCGGAGGCUAUUACUGUACUCAAGCCAUUGCCGUACCGAAGCCAGUUGUUUCCAAUGGUAGUGAGUUGAUUAAUGGAAGUGGACAGGAAGGAAGUGGCAACACACAGUGUGGAUUGUACCCAACUAUUGGCGACAUCUGUCCUGUUGGUCACUUCUGCCCUACUGGUACAGCUACACCCAUUCCGUGUGCCAACGGCACUUACAACGACUUCAAAGGUCAAAGCGAAUGCACUAUCUGUCCGAAAGGAUUCUACUGUCUCGAAGGAGCUGUAACCUACCUUGAUACCCCGUGUCCACGUGGUCACUACUGUCCCAUUGGAACUCGACAUCCCUAUGAAUAUCCUUGUUCUCCAGGAAGCUUUAACAACUUGACACAUCAAGGAGACAUAUUUAAUUGCAUAGACUGCAGUUCUGGACUGCAUUGUCCAUACAGUGGAAUGAGCGCACCGAAAGGUCCUUGCAGUCCAGGAUGGUUUUGCGCGGGAGGUUCGGAUAGUUCUAUGCCUUCUGCUCCGUUGGGUGGUCAAUGUCAACCAGGAGAAUAUUGUCCCGAGGGAUCGUUUGAACCGCUACUAUGUGAAGACGGUAUGUAUUGCAAUCAGUCUGGUCUCUCAACGCCAACUGGUUUUUGUCAUCCGGGCUACUACUGCAAUAACGGGUCGUCGACGGCGCAUCAAAAUAUCUGCCCAACUGGUUUCUACUGCAUGCGUGGAUCGAUAGCCCCGUAUCCGUGUCCACCAGGAACGUGGGUCGACAGUGAGGGCAACGUAGAUGCCUUGGAUUGCAAUGACUGCCCUGCAGGAGAAUACUGUGACAGAUACGGUCUGAGUAUACCUACAGGUAAAUGUUCAAAAGGAUUUUAUUGUCCAGGGGCGCAGAACACAUCUGAGCCUAUAGACUAUACAUGUCCGAAGGGACACUACUGUGUAGAGGGCAGUGUAGAGCCAGUUCGAUGUAAGUCUGGCUACUAUCAGGAUGAGGUCCAGUCGUCAGAUUGCAAACUUUGCGAGCCUGGCUUCUAUUGUGACAACAGGUUUGAGCCUGUAGUUUUGUUUCACGCUAACACAACGUGUCCGCCAGGCUACUACUGCCCUGCUGGAACUCGUCAUGCCAACGAAUAUCCAUGUCCACUGGGUACAUUCAGUAAUAUUACGGGUCGUGUAAAUAUAUCUGAUUGCACCAGUUGUACUCCUGGAAGCCACUGUAGCCAGUUAGGUCUGACCGCACCUGUUGGGCCUUGCGCGGCAGGAUACCGCUGCUCGGGUGGAAACCAAGUGCCUAAUCCACCUCAAGGAGUUUGUCCGAAAGGUCACUAUUGUCCGGAAGGAACCGUUGAUCCGAUUCCUUGCAAACGAGGUACGUCGUCUCCCAAAGAAGGGAACACAGCACAGGAGAACUGUACAGCCUGUGCUCCAGGAUUCUAUUGCAAUGGGACCGGUGAAGCCGUUUCUAGUACACCGUGCUACACGGGAUACAUUUGUACAGGAGGAGCGUUCAUACCUACUCCUAAUGACAACGUAACUGGAUACAUAUGCCCUGUUGGUCGAUACUGUCGAGAAGGAGCUUUGAAUCCUAGUCUCUGCGAAGAGGGCACCUUUUCGAAUGAAACUGGUCAGGGAUCAUGUUUUGAGUGUCCGCAGCGUUACACGUGCCCUGCUAAGGGCAUCGUCAAUCCAACAAUAUGCCCCGCUGGGCACUACUGCGCGGCUGGUACAAAUUCACCAAAUGGAGAACCAUGUCAACCAGGAACGUAUUCGAAUGUCGAAGGUUUGGCCUACGAACACGAAUGUUUUCCAUGUCCACCUGGAAAAUAUUGCGAAACUCCCGGCCUUGAAGUGCCUACCGGUGAUUGUCACUCUGGUUAUCUUUGUGAGGGAGGAGCAAGCAACGCGGGUCUUAGCCGCUGCCCACCUGGCCACUUUUGUGAAAAUGGUACUGUAAAUGCUAGUCAAUGUCCUGAGGGAACAAUAGCUCCAAACCCAGGAUUACAUGCAGAAAGUGAGUGCUUGCCGUGUCCGCCUGGCAUGUAUUGUAGUGGCCGAGGUCAACUCAACGCAACCGGACUCUGUGCAGGCGGAUACUAUUGUCCAGACUUUGCUCAAGUGAUAACAGAUAAACCAAGCGACUUUCUUUGCCCACCAGGUCAUUACUGUCCUCAGGGUUCAGCUCAUCCUCUUGGCUGCGAGCCUGGAACGUAUUCAAUAGGAGGACGUUCUGAAUGUGACGAUUGCCUUGCUGGACAUUAUUGCCGUUUUAACGUAUCGAUGCCAGUACCAUGCACUCCUCAUUCUUAUUGCCCUGUUGGCACGAGAGAUCCGCUGCCUUGUCCUCCCGGGUUAUACACUAUGAAUGGCACAACUGGUUUGAUUGAACCAACGCAAUGCAUAGCGUGUCCUCCGGGACAUUUCUGUAAACUUGGAGUGAUUGUUGGACCGUGCUAUCCCGGAUAUAUCUGUUACAAUGGAAGUUCGACGCCGACCCCGGAUGGAGUCAACUACACCGGGGGCGAGAGGUGCCCAGUUGGAUAUUAUUGUCCAGAGGGCACGAUCGAGCCUCUGUUGUGUCCGCCCAAUUUGGUGAUACUUAAUCCAGGAGCCGACAGCGUUGAUGAUUGUGAGACAUGUCCAGCUGGAUACAUCUGUCCUGCUGAAUCAGAGUUUGCCCAGCCAUGUUCUAAAGGACACUACUGUCCUUUUAAUGAGUCAAAGCAAGCUUGUCCGGCGAUGACGUACUCCAUGACAGUAGGCGCAGAUAACCGAUCGACUUGUCUGCCCUGUCCAGCAGGAUAUUGGUGUUACGACGAAGGAAUGGUAACAUUUGAAGAAAGUCCGUGUCCUAUAGGAUAUUACUGCAAUGAAGGCAUCGUCAAGCCUGAAGCAUGUCCGCCUGGAACGUUUCGGAACUCGACUAAAGCCAGAAAUAUCAGUGACUGCGAGCCGUGUCCUGCGGGUCGCUAUUGCCCGGAUGUGAAUGGCACAACCGAGGGAUACCAAUGCCCAGAAGGGAGUUACUGCCCUAUUGGUUCGUCGCUCUAUCGUGAUUGUCAGGCAGGGUUCUUCUGCAACGAGGCGAAAACACAGCUUCCUUGUCCUGCGGGCUUCUUCUGCCCAAAAGCUUCGCCGUCUCCGAUUCCUUGUCCUCAAGGUCAUUACUGUCCCGGAUAUAAGUGCAAUGACUUGCGGAACGUGAGGGGAGCGAUAGAACCUGUGAUGUGUAAGGAGGGUUACUGGUCUCCUGAAAACUCGACACGCGACACAUUUGAAAACACCUGUUUUGUAUGUCCUCCGGGACAUUACUGCAAUCAUCCGCAAAGAUUAAACUACACGGUAUGUCGAGCCGGUGUGGUUUGUCACGAAGGUGCUACAACCGAUGAACCAUCGGCCAAUGGCACUACAUAUGGGUACGAAAAUACGCGUUCCUAUCUUUGCCCUCCGGGGUAUUAUUGCCCGGAAAAGUCGUCGUCUCCUCAAGCGUGUAAUCGUGGAUUCUACCAACUCUACGAGGAAAAGAAGAGCGCUGACGACUGUAUUCCCUGCUUAGAAAAUCACUACGGUAACGAGACCGGUGCAACGCAGUGCUACUUCUGCGGCUCGGAUGCGUUCGCCGACGGUACUGGAAACACGAAAUGCACGUGCACUGGUGAAGGAAGAGAGUUUCAGCCAAGCGAUAAUACUUGUCCAUGCAAACCUGGAUACGAGGAGAGGCCAGGAAGAGAGAGAGACUGUGUGAGGCUCAUCUACGGCCUGUGUGCAGAGGGAAGUGUAAGAGAUACGAACGGAGAGUGCCGUUCGUUGGUCAAAUGGGAGACACACUGCCGAGAGAGAGUUUGCCGGAGCGGCACGUAUGUCGGAUUUGACAAAAGUGUGGGCAUGUGCGAGUGCAGGACCGAUAGUCUCGAGUCGCGUUGCAAUCAGGGGUGUCGGAGACGCACGAGGAACGUCGUGAAGUUUAUCUGCAAGGAUCCGGGACCUCCUGUGAUUCGUAUUUAUGACGGCACACGUGAAGUGCGUAAUUUCACUGCCACCGAAUUGGAGACUAAUGUCGGAAACGCGUUGGAUGUCUUCGGAGAGAGAGGAUGCGACGGACUCGACGGUAGCGAAAACACCAUAUCUAUCGUUGUAUCUAGAGCCGGCGGUUUUACUGGUGUUUAUGAUCCCGACCCUGAUGACGUAGUCGAUCUGUUCACGCCGUCACUUGAGCCGGUUGUGUCAUCAAGGCGGCGACGACGUGCUGUGUCUGCUUACGUGGAUCCUGCUGAUCGUCUGGCUCUAAAUGGUAAUAGUCUGUCGGAUCCACUCACUUGUCUGGAACUGGGCAGUACCAUGUUGUGGUCGAUAACGGAGACCUACUAUCCUCGAUAUGACAAGCAAAACCUGUGGAAUAGCAAUCCGGUGUUUGAUCACGGGAAAUUCGACGAGCUGGAUACUAAUCAACGUCUCACCAACUCAAAUCUAACUUUGUUUACUUUCCGUUUUACGGAGGGCGGGACGUACGCGUUCAAAAUGGACAACGAAACGGACAAUCGAAUGUACGUGCGCGUCAUGCAAGUAGGAGCGCAGUGUCCCGAAGAUGGCGUCUUUCAGCCACUUACUCCACGGACGGUAGUAUCGGUAGGUGUGAGGAAAGAAAGUGAUCUUCUUACUGAGCCGGAUUGGGUCCUUAUCUUCUCAAUGGUCAGUGGUGGCUUUUUACUCAUGCUCAUCGUUUGUAUUGCUUUGCUGCUGUUCCGCAAGUAUGGUUGGGUAAAAGCAUCAUUCAAUAGCCCGUGGUAUCGUCGAUUGGCUCGCAACUACCCAGUAGACGAGUACUCGUCGAAAGGAUCGACUGUUCACUCGGUCAAACGAUAUCACCCUGCUAUGGAAGUUGAAGUCGCUCCCGCGGAAGUUGUGAGCGGGAAAGUGAAAGAGGACGAGUUUUGGGAUUAUGAUCAGCAGAUUGACCUAGAAGGGUUCAGCGUCGAGACUCUUCAUCACAAUCUGUCGGAACAGAGCCGUAAGGUGACGGGUAAAAUUGAUGAGCAGAAGAAUGAGGUGAAGGCACUUUAUCAGAAGGUCGCUGGUCAAGCAGAGUCACUCAAGGGGCUUUGGGUGGCGAAGUUGAAUCUUCAGGGAAGAUCAGAAUUGGCAACACAGCAAGAACUGAACGAAUACCAAACUAGACGAGAGCAGCUUGUACAGGAGCUGGCUCGUCGAAAGACUGUUGGAGCAAGCUACUUGUCUGUCGUUGAACAGCAGAUAGCAAUUCAUCAGCAGGACAUGGCUGACAGACGAGAACAUGAAGUAAAGGUAGGUGGAGCUCUCGCUGAAGCGUUACGUCUUGUCAAAGACCUCACGAAGAAAAUCGACGGUUUUACGUCCGUUUCGAAUGAAUUUAACUCGAAUCUUCAGCAGAGAAUCGGUAGUCGUGUUGACGAGUUGUUGCACGUGGUACACCUGGGGCAUUCGGAAGAAUGUAAGCGACGUGGGGCUUGGUGUGUACUUGGAGAAAGUACAGGAGCGCCACUGGUCGAUAGGAAGACUAACGAAGUUCUAACACUUGAACGUCUGGUUGGCCAUGACGGUAACGUAAGAACCGAUGGUCUUAUUAGUUUGGACCCAGUCACUGGCCUGUUGUUCCCGUCAGAGGACGUCCGAAUGCUUGGACCCGAUGGUCGCACUCCUGUUGCGAUUCCAUCCGAUUUUGUCCUGCAUCCACGAACCGGUCGGUUGUUACCGGUAGAAGGAAGUGUUGCGUUCGAUCCGAUAUCUACUCGUCUCGUGUUUACAGCUGACAGCGGAAGUGCGGAGGCAGGAAUUCCACCUGAACCACUUAUUCCUUACAUCCCUUAUCCAGCAAAUCCAAGGACUGGUGUACCAGUCGAGACGACUCUACGCACAUUAGAGAAACGGUCGGACAUGCACCUCAACUACCCAAUGGCUGACCAAACCAGCGGUCAGUAUGUGCCAAUCUUAGCGGUUACGAUACAUCCACAAGGACAUAUGCUGUUGCCAGUCGGUGGAGUCCAUAGCGACCCUAUCACAGGACUUCCUGUUCCAAUCGAAAUUGGCGGUUUAAUGCUCGACAAGCAAACAAAGGAAGUUGUUCCAAUCGCAGGAAUCACUAUAGAUAGAGAAACAGGAGAUGUCGUUCCGGUCGGCGGGGUAGCAAUCAGCCACUUGUCACAUCACAAUUCAGUUGAGAAACCUAUCUUAGCCGGUGAUCAGAUCAGAGAUCCUUUGUCAGGACGGAACGUACGCGUUACUGGUGCUAGGAUUGAGAAGAAAGGAAAUGUUGUCCCUACUAACGGUGGCUUCUCAUUGUUACUGGAUGCCAACGAGUUGGCUUGUGAAGAACGCGUUGUGGAUAGUAUUAUGAAGCUCAAGGCUGUGUCGAUGUCAUCAACAGAAGGUGGAAGUUUCAACAUUCACGCUGAGCAGGCCGUUCUUGACGAGGCGUUGACUCAAUUGGGUAAAGCAAGAACAUGUACGAAGAAACUUAUCCUGCAGCAAGGUCACAGUUUGACGAGGCGACGUGAAACGGCCAUGACAUUGAAAGAAACAGGUGGUAGUCCCGGAUGUAUGGAAUUUGUUGCAACAGGCCAACUUUUGCCAUUACUCAUUGGUACCACUAUGCAAGACCCGGCUGGUUCUGGAUUAGAGGUUCCCAUAUUGGGUGUAGAUCGAGAUCCACAAACUGACACUUUGAUUCCACUUGGCGGCACUAUGGAAGAUCCAGAGGGAGCCGGUCUAGUGCCGAUUGCGCUAGGAAAGCAAGCACUGGACUCUGUGACGGCAGAACAAUCUCCCGUCUGUGGCGUUAGAAUCAAUCCAGAGACAAAGACUGUUGUUCCUGUCACUUUGUCAUCACGUGGGCACAAAAAGAGGAACGCAACUGUCGGCUCUGAGAGUCUUCUGGAAGACGACGCUGCUGCUCGGCACAGCUUUUGGAGGCGACAGAAGCAGAAAGGUUACGAUGUAGUUAAUGAGGAAGCUAUACUGAUGGCGGAUCUUCUUGAUCCUGAAUAUCAUAUCGAUUUGGCACGAGUAAAUAGCGGUCUGGAUUCUAUCACUGAUAUGACACGUCAGAUUGACGACUCUCUGAAGCGAGAGACGCAACGACGUGCGGACAUCGCGGCGGAGCAUGCUACUCGCAUGCCACCUGAUGUCGUGGCAAUCAUGACGGAAUACGACAGUGAAGAACGAGAUCUAGAGAAAACUUUCAUUAGUUAUCACGCCAAGUUUACGGGUACAGUACGGAGGUUUACGCAGAAACUGCAAGAAGAAAAUGCCAAAUAUGACGCUCGAUUAGCUGACUUGAGAGAGGCUAAUAAUCCUGACGCUCAGGAAGCGGUUAGAUGUCAACACCACGAGAUGGUGCAGCGUUUACGUGACGACUUGAGGCAACAGCUCAAUUCUCGAUUGUCCUCGAUUGAUUUGGGGUACGCAGCACUCGGUUAUGUGAGAGAGCUCGCUGACUUGUGCUUGCAAGAGGCCAAGGGUGUGCUCACCGGAAGUAUUCACCUCGCUGGGGAAUACGACACAGUUAUGUCUGGGUUCUUUGAACAAGGGAUUGCAGCGGACGGAUCUAAUCGUGAGUUGGUGCCGCUGUUGGAGAGGCUGAUUGAACUUAUGGAAACGGGUGGAACGGGUGCUCUGACAACAGCCAUUCAGUCUGGCACGCUGCCGUUGCUGCAGGGAACAGGAAGACCAACGGUUGGAGCCAAAGCAGUGGUGAGACGUUCCGGUGUAGUAUCUAAAACUGCCGUUCAACAAGUAACACGAGGACGAACUACGGGACUGGAGAAGGUCGAGUCUGUUACUGCUGUUGGAGGCAGCCAGCCCACGUCGUCGUUGGUCAUUCCGACAUUGGAAAUUACCGAAACGGAUGGCGGUGAGGGCAACCGUGAAUCUCAGCGGCCCUCAGAGGUCAGUUUGCUCCAUGUUGGUUAUUCUUCGACGCAGAAAGCGGCGGCCAAGAAUCUAACAGAAAAGCACGCCAUUGAGCUGGUGAAACUAGAGAAUCAACUACUGUCAAAUGAAAGAUCAAAGAUCAACGAGGUUCUAGAAGAGAUGCAGAAGGAAAAGUUGGCCACUCUGGAAGAGAGUAAAGAGACACUCAGGGAAUCUCUCCAUCGAGCACAAAGUGACGGUGAAGUAGAAGACAUUCUUACUAGUCACGCGCAAAGAUUACAAACCAUGGCAGAGAGACUCGAGCAACAAAAGUUUGAAAAAAUUGAGGUGGUGAAAGAACAAUUGUGCAAGGAGAGGCUAGAGAAGAAGAAGGAGCUUCGAAAGGCUCACGUUAUGGAAGCCGAAGCCGAAGGGUUAUCCUCCGAGAUUGUUGUUGACGGAUCCGCUGCUAAUGCCGGUGAAGUAAAUGCCGAAAUUGGUAAACUCUCGCUGGAACAAGAGGCGUUGUUAGAGGAGUUGAACAAAGCUUUCGCCGAGGAAGCGUCAACAGAAGGGAAGGAAAGACAAGCGGCAUUGGCUGCCGCGAAAGAUCGCGAAAUGGAAGCCGCAGUAUUGGCGAUGAAUAGCUCGCGAUCUCAGUCAGCCCUGGAGACCUACAAGGAUGCUUGCACUGCCGACAGACACAAGCGUGACAAUGUAACUGACAAGCUUAAGGCCAAAGGAAAAAUGAGGCGGCGCAAUCGCCGUGACACUGUCACUGACGAGACAAUCCUUGGCGACACCACUAUUACAGACUCUGGAGACUUGACCAUCACUGGCGAUGUUGCAUUAGUGGCGCACACGAUGAUGGAAGUGUACAGCGAAGUUCAAAAAGAAAAGAGAGAAUCAGAAUUGAUGGAGGCAUUGAUGGAAAUAGACAACGUCACAGGAGGAAUUAGGAAAAUCAUUUCAGAGAAAUACGAGGCGCAAGCUGAAGCACUGGAGCGGAAGUUUGCCAUGGAGAAAGACAAACAGAGAGACGUUUUGAUGGCUCGUUUGGCUGCUCGCCACCGUCUUCGAGAAGAGCAGAACAACGAGAAAUUAAUCAACGAGCGAAUGAAGAAAGUGCAAGAAGUACAGAUUAGUAUCGGAGGAGGGGAAUCUCGGCACACAGCCGAAGUGAUGCCUGAGUUGGUCGUAACAGCUGAGGCGGCGGAAGAAAAGAAGAAACUGGAAGGCGAGCAGAUCGAGCAGCAAGCGGAACUGGAGCUACGGCACAGAGGAGAACUGACUCAAAUGAGUGAAGAAAUCGAGCGAGAACGUCGAAUCACUGACGAACAGGUUUCUCAACAAAUGGAACAGCAAAAGAUCAAGAUGCUCAAAACAAAGGAGGAGGAGUUCCAACGCAUGGUGGAGGAAAGGCGGCAACGCGAGGAACUAUCGAAGGAGGAAUACGACCGCUUUCUUGAAGCUCACAAGCAAGAGGUUGCAGCGAUGGAAGCAGGACUUCAAAAAGAAAAGGAGAAGCAACAGAAGACGUUGCACGAGAAACUUGCCGAAAAGAAGAAGAAGAAAGCUGAUCGACUGAUUGAGAAACAGAAAACAGAAGUGGAACGAUCAAUGAUCGAAGCCAAGGAAGAACGUGAUGCUCUUGUGUCAAAGAUGCUUCGUGCAGCCGAGAUGACCGCGCUCAGCGACAGCGUGCGAAAGCAACAAGAAGAAGGCAACGCAGCCAUGGCCGAGACGGUGAUCUACCGCGUAUUGCAACAGCGGCAUAUGCGCGAGACCGUGCAAUUGGCCGAACAAAACGAACGGCGAAUGGCGACCGCUAUUGCAGACGCUAAAGCACCCGUCGAGGAUGAACGUCAAGCAGAGAGAGAGAGGCUUGUGAGCCAACACGAACAAGCCAUGAUGGACCUGAUUGCUAAAGCCGGCUCAUUGAAGAGAGGAGAGCUAGCACAGAAGAAGGCUGAUAUGAAACGACAGCAGAAAAUGCAACUUCGAGACUUCGAUCAACAAACGACUAAGAUGAUCGGUCAGGCAGAAAAGGAAGCGCAGACAUCGGCCGAAGUCGAUUACGCACACAAACGUUUGGAACUUCGAGAGCAGCAACUGCAAGAACUGGCCAGUGUCAUGAAGGAGUUGACUCCAGAACAAGCUUUGAUGAAAUCUUACUCCGACGAAGCGGACAGGGCUGCCCGAGAGGCGCGUGAAUUUCGAGAGCGCGCUCAGCAGGAACGCCAGCAGCGUAUGGAGAAGCUCAAGGAGGCCAAGAGGAAACGAGAAGAAGAGCAAAAACGGAAGAUGGACGACAGGCUCAAGCAAGUAGAGGCUGAGCUUGAAGAUGCACAGCAACGCGAAUUAAAGCGACAGGAAGAAUUUCACGAGCGUCAAGACCGCGUCAAGCGGCAGCAACUGGAGAACAAAGAGCGCGAAGAACGUCAGAAGAUUGAAGCAAGAACAGAGCUGACGGAGAAACAGAGAGAGGAGCUGCUGAGAGAACACGAAGAGAACAUGAAGAAAUACGGAGACGCUCUAGAACAGGGUAAAGACAAGGCGAGGAAGAAGCUCCAGGACGAAAUAGCCAAGCGCAAAGAGAAGAGACGAGAACAAAAGAUGAAAGAUCUCGAGCAGACGGCAAAGAAAGAGCAAGACGACGAGCAACAGCGAGAACGGGAAGAAGUAAUGGAAAUGAAACAAGAAGAGGCAAAGAUGGUAACAGCUAACGUCGCCAGAACGGUUAGACCCAGAACACCGUCCGUCGGUCGGAAACCUCUCGAGUACAGUCCACCCCCAGGCUCCGCCGAGGCGGUCGGCGAACAAGAAAUGAUGGAUAUGUUUGGAGAAGACCGGGAUGCGACGUUACCCGAGUUCGUCGACGGUCCGAUGAUUCCAACCGAAACCGCUCCGUUUCCAAUGAGCGGAGCAAUUGCAGCGCAGACGGAUGAUUACGUACAACUGUUGAUGAAGUCGCCGGUCUUCCAACGGGUUUGUGAGAUCGAGGAGAUGCUCAAGAAUGGCGUCGACGGUAGCAGCAGCAUGUUACCCGACAGCAAGUCGUACAUCGAUCCGUUAGAUGCGCAGUGGCUCUGCGAGGGAGAAACGGUAGCGGUCAGCGUCAAUGAUCUCGCUCCCAGCAAUUUCGUCGUAUAUCAGUUUGGCAAUUUUGUAAUGCGCAUGCUCGCUCAGAAGGAGUACCGCUUCCCAAAGGUCACACUUCUUCUGGCUUCUAACCUUCCACCCAACAACUACUCAAAGAACGCAUUCCGCAACUCGUACCGCUACGGACACAAGGAGAAGAUUCUAUUCGUGCGUCAAGAGCGAAUGGAACACGUCGGCGGCUUCAUCCUGGCCGUCAUCCACGCUCUGGCGCACAUUAAAAUUGGAGACUUAACCGAUGACUCUAAUCCGCAGUUUCUUCGCGAGUUCUAUCGAGCGAUGCGUAUUUGUUGUCAGGACUUGUUCUUUGCCAGGUCGCGAAGUAGCGGUGUGACUGACCGCCUUGUGACUUCGAGUAGACCGACACUUCUGGAGUCGGCGUUUACCGGAGCUACAACCACCGCGCAGAAACGAAACGUCGUCGAAGAACUGAUAAAUGUGAAGGUCUUGGGACAGACAGAAAGUGAUUUUUCAGCUGAAAGUGUGAAGGAACGGCUUGAGAAGUAUAAAGCGUUCUCGGCUUAUGGCUCUCUGCGUGAUCAACUGAGCACUGUUCCUGCUGCUUCCAGCGGUCCGGAUGAAUUUGCAUCUGUCAAGUUGAGAGACCUGACUGGAGAAUCCGCUCCGAAAAUGAAGAGAUCGGUGUCAGUUCAAUCGGCCUCCGUACUGCGUAGUAUUCGUAACCAGAAGGAACUAGUCGAAUAUCAAGUGGAAGAACUGAAUAACAAGGCGGAUAUCUUGAACGUAGAAUUGGCGCGCCUUCUCAAGCAGCGGGCCGAUCUCGAAGAGAACAUCAUACGACUACAUCAGGAAGGAGUAGGCGAAGACAGACUGCGACGUGCCGAGCAGCAGCGCGAUGCCAUGCAGCGUAAGAUUGACUCAGCAGUAAAGAAGGUGACGGAAGUGCAGAAAGAGAUCAAGACCAAACACGGUCUUCUCGCACCUCACUAGUUAGGAACGCUUUAUGAGAUUACUAAUGCUUUAUGAGACUUAUGGUUGUGUAUAGGAUUAAUUAGACGGUAGAUGGUGAUUCAUAUGAAAAACUUUGGGACGGGUAUUAUGAAUUAACUGUUAUACACAUAUAUACUGGUUAGUGUUGUCAGAACUUACUGUAUACGGGCUUCUGUAUAUAUGUGUCUACGUACCAUUGUUGAUUAAUAAAGUUUGAGAUGGUGUUAAUUAA